GUCGUCGUCGACUGUAAAAUUGGUGGAUGAUGUAUAGGUAUCGAAUGAGCAAGAGAAGCUGGGAAAUGUUGAGUGUGUGGUUAGCGAUAAUAGUAGGUCAUACUUGAAGGUUAUAUCGUUGCCACGGAAAAAAGAAUUCUGAUUUUGCAGCUAUAAUUUCCUUGUCUUUGUAGUUUCUCAGUCUGUAUAUAUGUUUGUGUAUAGGGAAAUAUAUAAAUUAGGUGAAAAUGGGAGUAAGACUAUAAACACAACCACUUCUCUCCUUUACUAUAAAAUGACAUUUUGGAAAUGGUUAAAAAGUUCUAGUGGUAAUCCUCCAUCUUAUAAAGAAGCCUUGGGUAAGGAUCUUGCUAGUGAGAAGAAAGACAAGGUGCCAAAAUAUUCUUCUACCGAAAAUAAUACUCAAUCAGCGAAUGUUACUGAGAAACCUAAACCACCACCACGGAUUCCUUCAGAAAGUGAAGAGGAUGAAUUUGAUAAGAAUUAUGAUGCUGAGGAAGAAAACAUCUUAGUUACCGCAGCUAAUGAUGGCAAAGAAUUGGCACGAAAAUGUGCAUUAUAUUUCGCUGAUCUUGAUGACCUUGCUGUUGAUAAAUCAACCAUCAAUGCCUGGCAAAGGGCUUUGAAUAAAUCCUACGAUGAAGUAGAGGGCCUUGAAAUAUUACAAUACAGAAUGGGACUGACUAUAAACUACAACGGUAAAACUCACAGUUAUCCAUUUUAUGAAGAAUUCAGUUAUAGAUUGACAGCCAGGUUAUCUCCUAAAUUAGGAAUAGCUAGAGAAAAAAUAAUGCUAGAUAGACAUCAUGAUCAUCGUUUGAAGAAUCUUCAAUAUUACAUUGUGCUGCAUCAUCGCUUUUUGGAUCCCGACCUUAUAGUUCGUUUAAAGAACAGUGGAAACCCCAUGUAUAUGUAUAUUUGAUAACUGCUUGUAUAAUUCAUUUGUAGAAUUAGUUUGAUUUGAUAGUUUAUAGGAAGCAUCAUCUCUAGGAUUAUAUAUACCCUCACUUGCCUUUACCUUCCUAGAUAUAUUUGGGCUUUGAAUUCCCUAAUCAAAUUAUAUAUUAUUUACAUUUACAUACAUAUCUAUUUCUGAUUAUAACUAUAUCAUUAUAUAAAGUGUUAAGUAAUUAUAUUUGACAGCUGAUUAAAACUCAGAGUUUCUUUACCAAAUUAAAUUGGGAAUACAAAUGUUAAUUUACUUAUGUAAUUUAUAUAUACUUACG